AUGCCCUCAGCAGAAGUUACCAUCCUUGUGAUGCAUAGCAGAGCAGCAUGGCAGAACCUGAAAGAAGAAAACCAGAGUACUGCCGAGGAAUUCAUCCUGCUCGGGGUGUCUGAUCAACCACAGUUGGAGCUGUUGCUGUUUGUGCUCAUUUUAGUCAGCUACAUGAUGACGCUGCUUGGGAAUGUCACCAUCAUUGUCGUCUCUCGGCUGGACCCCCAUCUCCACACACCCAUGUACUUCUUCCUCAGCAACCUCUCCUUCCUUGACAUCUGCUAUACUACCAGCGUUGGCCCCCAGAUGCUGGUGAACUUUCGUAGCAUGCGCAGGUCAAUUUCCUGGGGCAGCUGCGUGGCCCAGCUCUACAUCUCCCUUGGCCUGGGGUCCACAGAGUGCCUCCUGCUGGCAGUCAUGGCCUUUGAUCGCUACGCUGCUGUCUGCCGGCCCCUGCACUACUCAGCAAUUAUGAGCCAAAACCUCUGCCUGCUUAUGGCUGCUGGAUCCUGGUUUGGUGGUCUGGUCAAUUCACUGGCACAGACAGUGCUAACUAUGCAGCUGCCACGAUGUGGUCGGAACCAUAUUGAUCACAUCUUCUGCGAGGUGCCCGCCUUGCUCAAGUUGGCCUGCACUGACACUUCCUUCAAUGAGGCAGAACUGCUUUCUGUUAGUGUGAUCUUCCUGGUGGUGCCUGUGAGCCUGAUCCUCAUCUCCUACGGCUACAUUGGUGCUGCUGUGUUGAGGAUCCGCUCGGCUGAGGGCAGGCGCAAGGCCUUCAGCACCUGCACCUCCCACCUGGCUGUGGUGUCACUUUUCUAUGGCCCCGGCAUCUACACAUACCUGCAACCUCCCUCCAAGGGUCAGGGCAAGAUUGUCUCCCUGUUCUACACAAUGGUCACCCCAAUGCUGAACCCCCUGAUCUACACACUGAGGAACAAAGAGGUACAUGGGGCCCUGAGGAGGCUGCUUCAGAGAAAGCCAGGCCUUACAGGUUGGGCUUAG